AGCAGGGGCGGAUCACAGAGGCUGCAUUCACCUUUACUUUAUUGGUGAACCUGAUGUUUUUGUGACUUCUUUAUUGGGAGUUCACUGGCAGCGGAGUGAGGGAAUCUUUGCAUGUUUUGGAGAUGAAUCUGUACAGCAGCUUUGGUAACCUUAUGGAAGUUUGGGUACAUGAAGACAGGACUCAUCUGGAGCCAGAGGGGCUAGAAAACAAUGUGGACGACUCUCCUACACCUUCCUCAAAAAUUGAAACUAAUCCAUGCUUAGAAUCCGCGGACUCUGGAGUGGAGACAGCCAGCUGUGACACGCCGUGCUCCAUCACAUCGACUGACGACGCAGAAUUUGACUUGUUGACGCCUCAAAGUGAAGAACCCUCGCCGGCACCAACGUCGCGGUCUCCUGUCCUUUUCUCUCCUGCAACUUCUGUCUCUAUUUCUUCACCCACGCACCUGUGUCACAGCAAAGCCAAGGAAGGUUCGACUAAUCUAAAAGUGGAGCAAGUUCUGCAGAGGAGUGUCUCAAAAAAUUCAAAGUACCUGAAUAGGAUGACCAGCCAAAGGUCUCAAGCAUCUUAUCAGGCUACAGGUCAAGCCUUGGAGAGAGUGCAAUGUCAAAGAUCAGAGAGCAUGGGCCAAAUGAAGAGGGCUAAUUCACCUGUUACCAUAAUACAGAAGACAGAAGGGCACAGACGACCAGUUUCUUUUGCUUGUGACCAGGUCAGAUCAGAGUUAUGGGACUACAUUCUUGAUAAAAGAGUGGAGGACAAAAAGGAGCUGAGUCCUGGGCUCUGGUACUUGGAGCAGGUUUGUCAAUUUUUGGAAGACAUUGCCCAAAAGCGGAUAAACAACCAAAUCGUGCAAAUGGACACAGAUUCUGUUUGUAAAGAAGGCACACAGGAUGACUCAACGGGUGCUGAGACGAAUCUACCCUCUUGCCAGAGUCUAGAAAACAAAGACAACACAAGCACCUCCAGUGACACCAGGCAGCCAAAAUCAAGACAUUUCCGUCAGAGAUCAGCCUCAGACACAACUCUUGCCACACUGCAUUUAGGAAAGUUGAAAUCAAACUCCAGAGCACAACAGCAAAAGAGUACAAGCAACCUACUAGCGGCAGUGUCAGAAGACUAUGAACAGGAUUUGAUGAUGGAGGAGCCCACUAAACGUAAUAAGUUUCCAAAAUUCAAAGGUCUGUCGUCGCGCAGAGGGCAUUUUACAGUGUCAUCUACAAGAAGCCACCAGAUGCAGCCAUCUGAGAAAAGCACAGUCGUCCGAAGGCUAAGCCAGGUGUUUAGAAGAAAGAAACAACUGCCUGAAUAAGAGGACUGGAGUCUCUACAUUAUUUAGGCUUUGGUUUCUGAAGAAAAAAAAAGGGAGCAAGCACUGACUCUGCCUUUACCAUAGCCUACAAAUUAGCACUAGGAUCUGUUUAUUUAAUUACUUUUGAAAAAUUGCCAUAUAUGUAUGUAUUGCAUAUAAAAAUGUAGGUAGGAGAUGUUUGCACUAUGUUGUAUGUCUACCAAUUUGUACAGUUUUCCUGUGUAAUUUUCAUUGUCAAAGCUGCAGAGUACAAAUAUAAAUGUUUAACCAUUCUUAUAAGGCAUUAUACAAACAUGUAUCAGUAUUAUUUAUUUCUUUGCAUAAACUUGUUUUUAUUUUUUUAAUUUCUGACAUCAUACAGUCAGACCCUAAAGCUCCAUAGCCUCUGUUUUGGCAUUUGUAUAAAAUACAGGGCAGUUUUGUGCAGAAACAAUUUUCUGAUUGAAUGUUGGUUGUUGUCACAUAUAGCUCAAAAUGUGUUUUUUUGUACAUUCCAGAUGUUCGUAAUUAAUACAAAACUAAAUUAGUUUAGGUUUUGUCAGAAAUAGAUGUAUAACCGCAUUUUCUCUCUAGUAUUCAGCCAAACUUACUCCAACUAAAGUCCAGUUGACAAUUUAGCAUCAGCUCCCCAUUCGGCUGUUGUGGCUCGCAUAUUAAGAUUAAUGUGGAAGCUAUUGUAAAAUAUUCAUACUCAGACAUUUAUAAGGUAGUUAUAAGGUAAUUGAACAUUGUUAGUGGGUUGCAUUCAGCAUUCAUAAUUCAUUGUAAACUUAAUGCUGUGCUGCAAAAUGGAAUGAGGUUUAUAAAAAAUUGAUGCACAGACUGGAGGGAAUUUGAAGCUAAGAGAGCAAACAAAGAACAUUUUAGUGGUUAAAAUUCCACUUUUUCCACAUAUCUACUGUUGCAAUAAAUGGCAUUUACCCUA